UCCCCACCCCUCUUCCUGGUUGGACUAAUAUAUCCGUCUCUGGUUCCCAGCCAUUAGAGAUAACCCUCAGUGUUGGUGUGCAUGUGUCUGUGUCAGGCAAGGAAAGUCCCAGGAAUCUGAUCAUGUUAGACUGCUCCUUUUGAGCCAAAAUCAUGUUUUCAGGGUAACAUGCUAUGUUAUUCAUUUCCUGUGAAGAGGGAGAUAGGAGAGAAAGAAAAGCACCCUAGCGGCACGCAGCCAGCAUAUAACACAUUUUCCUGGAAAGGCUGUACCGCGGACCAGGGAAAGUACCACAGAAGCUAAGGGGUUCUUCUCUACACCAUCAGGAUCAUCUUUCAUUCCCCUAAAAGUUAACCUUCCUACUCAGAAUGGGAGAAUCUGAGGCUCAUUUGGAUGAGGAGUACCACAACCUGACAGAGCUUUUCCAGAUGCUCAACUAUUCCUUCAGCCAUUGCGAGAUAGGGCUGGAUGACAACACAAAGCGGGUGUUCCUCUUUGUCCUCUACCUCAUCAUCUUUGUGGUGGGGCUGGUGGAGAACCUCUUGGUGAUCUGGGUCAAUUGGCAGACCCGAAGCUACAAAAACUUGGUCAACCUAUAUAUUUUCAACAUGGCUAUUGCAGACUUAGGGGUGAUUCUUUCCUUACCAGUCUGGAUGCUAGAAGUAAUGCUUGAUUACACCUGGCACUGGGGAGAUUUCCUCUGCCGCUUUGCCCAUUAUUUCUACUUGGCCAACAUGUACAGCAGCAUCUACUUUCUGACCUGUCUCAGUAUUGACCGCUAUGUAUCAUUGACAACAUCUUCCCUCUUUUGGCACAAACAUCAGCAUCUUGUACGACGAAUUGCUUGCUGUUGCAUCUGGGCCUUUGCUGCCAUCGUUCCUUUACCAGAGGUAGUACACAUGGAGCAAAUUGGCACCAGUGAUCCAUUCUGUACCUUCAUGGCUCCCUUUGAGACCUACAGUACUUGGGCUCUUGCUCUCACUCUUCUAACUUUCUUCGGUGGGUUCCUCAUUCCCUUCUCAGUCAUGGCUGUCUUCAACAUACUGACUGCCAAACACAUCAGAAGCUCUAACAAACCAGAAGGAAAGAAACACUGCCUCCUCAUCUAUGCCUACAUAAUUGUUUUCCUGAUCAGCUGGCUGCCAUUCCAUUUGGUGCUUUUACUUACACUUGAAGGUGCCGGAAUCAUCGAUCAUUGCUACUGGCUUCAUUUCCUCUACUUCUUCUAUGACAUCGUAGACUGUUUCACCAUGGUCCACUGCAUGGUCAACCCCAUCUUGUACAACUUCCUGAGCAAGAACUUCCGAGAAAAACUCAUCUCCGCUGUGGUCAAAUAUAUCCCCAAGGAUCAGAUGGAUCGGAAAGAUAAAGAGGGUUCCUCCAGCACCCAGCAUUCUAUUGUCAUCACAAAAGACAACAUCUCACCAAACUAAUGCUUUCUAUGCUCUAUUGCCACAUUCAGGUAACAAAACCCAGUGUAUUCAAAGAUUUCUCCCACUGACAGAGGGCUGGCCUCAUUGAGAUGUUCUAAUUGUUAGCAGAAUUCAAUGUCUUCCCAUCUAGGGACCAGAAGUCACCCAAGGUGAAAUAUGGGAAUGCUGUUCUGUCACUUAAAAUGAAUUUGACAAAGUGACUGAUAAGUUUUUAUUAUUAAUUCCUUCUUCCAAAUUCCCUAUUUACCUGCCCUCCCACACCAAUAAAUAUGGUAAUGAAUGUUUCUGCUGCCAUGAAAUUUUACUGUUGCAAAGAUGGACAUUUCUGUGACUUGCCUCUCCUGUUUGUACAGUUUUGAAUGGAAAAUUUAUUCUGGAAACACUGCCCUAUCCUUUCACUCAACAGACUGGGCCAUGCAUGGAUCAGAACUUCAUAACAUAUAGCUGAUGCAGUCUGGAAUGGUGAAAUUGACAUCUCCUAUGAUAAAGGAAUAGACAUGGACUAUUAUCUAAAAAUAUUCAGAUAAUAGAUUUUAAAAAUUAUUUUCCUGAACCUCAGUAAACACUAACAAGAAUA